CGAAUAAUGAAGGAGAGAGGAGAGCGCAUCGAGAAGGUGGUGGAACUCUAUGAGAGAGGAGAUGCUGUUAGACAUCACAAGCCCGAAACCGAGACGGAGGAUGCCAACACGAAGACUCAACACGCAGGACUGACCACUGCGGGGGACAGAUGUUACAGACUGGCUGUUUUGUGUGUGCUGCUGCUGUGUCUUCUCCUGAUGAUUGCUACCACAGUGCUGUGGAUCGAAUUCACCAUCCUGACUACAGAAAAAGACCAGUUACAGUCCACAUACACCGCUCUUAUAAUAGAGCAAGACCGGUUACAGACCAGUUACAAUAAACUGACCGUAGAGAGAAAUCAUUUACGGACACGUUACAUGAGAAUGACUUUAGAGAGAGACCAGUUACAGACCAGUUACAACAACCUGACUAAAGAGAGAGACCAGUUACAGAGGGAGAGAGAUGGAUACCGGAGUACACUUGAUCUGUGUUAUAAAGGGAGGUGUUUCAACUUUGACUCCAGUUUUUACUGCAUGUCUAAUGAGGAGAAGAACUGGCAGAAGAGCAGACAGGACUGCAAGGACAAAGGAGCAGACCUGGUGAUCAUAAACAGCAAGGAGGAACAGGAGUUCAUCGGUAAACAGCUGGGCAGCAGUCAGGCUUGGAUUGGUCUGAGUGACAGAGCUGUAGAGGGAAAGUGGAAAUGGGUGGACGGUACACCACUGACCACUGCGUUCUGGGCUACAGGGGAACCGAAUAAUAAAGAUGAAGAGGACUGUGCUGAGAUUUUCAGUUUAAAUGGGAACUUCUGGAAUGAUCAGAAAUGCUCUAAUAAUGAACACUGGAUCUGUGAGAGACGUGUUUCUCAGUGACGUGUAUCAUUUAAUAAUCAAAAGCACAUACACAAAUUGAACCAAUUAUAUAUAUAUAUAUAUAUACUUAAAAAGUA